GUUGACCCUUUGUACGCCAUGCGCACAGGCAACCAGUCACACAGUCAUGCAUUAGGGCGGCAACCACAUUUCAAACAAAGAAUUCGUGCAGCACACACGACUCACUUUUUAAAUGUAAACCUUGGUAAAUACAAUGGAAGAUGCAAACAUCCAGCAAGGCAAGCCUUUCAAAAUCACCGACUCCUCCCGCGAGACCAGGAAGGGGGUCGUUGCCGGCAGCCUCGAGGACCUAACCUCCAAAGUCAUCGAAAAGCUCGGCAUUUCUGGUGAUAUUACCGUCGUCCUGGAAGCGGACGGCACCGAAAUCGACGACGAGGAGUAUUUCGCUACGCUUGAGCCGCACACCAGUCUUAUGAUCCUGAACGGGGGCCAGAAGUGGAUGCCCCCGGCGCCCCCUUGCCGCCUCUCCACCGACCAGCCCGACGACGGCAAGGGCGGCGCCGAGCUGGCCGGCCUCGUCGGCAAACUCAAGCACAAUUUGUGCCACGUGUCGCUCUUAGGGGGCGCCGAGUUGGAGCUGUUGAGUGACAUGGACCCGGACUCGCUAGUUGACAUCACCUUCCCGGACAAGAUCUUCCUCGAGCAGCUCAAGGAGGCGUCGGGGAGGUUCUUGAGCGAGAAGCGGCAAGCACAAGAUGCCAUGGAUUUGCUAAGGCUGUACCAGGAGAAAGAGGCUGAGUCCGGGGAGACCAACUGAUCCACGCUUAACGACGCAUUGGAAAUCCCGUUUUAAAAAUGGCUGCCUCACACCCCGAGUAUUUAAAAGACUGAAUUGCCAAUAAAUUACUGUCCUGGCGUAACCCAAUUGCUCAAUCACUGCACGGCCACGUUCACACUAACACCAAGCAACGUUGGUUGACACAAAUUCUAACAUCGCAACAAUAGGACUUUUUCACCGAGGGCACGUCACAUAUACCCACACAUUGUAAUCACCACUCCACCUAUUAUUCAUGUUUGUAUAAGUCUCUUAUUAGUGAAUUACGCAUGUUACCCUAGCUGUGAUACAACUGUAGUACUCGACUUUUCAAACUAGUUCAACCCCUAAUCAAAAUUCACUAACAAGAGGAGCGUCUCAUUCAUAACAUAGUUUUUGCUAUAAUAUGAAUUAAUAUAAUCAUAUACUUGUAUACAUUUUAACAAUAAAUAAAUUAGUUGUUAAA